AUGAUGAACGAGGAGAAGGGCUCCACCAAGGCUGUCAGCCUGUCUGAUCACAGAGGAAGGCUGUGCUUCUCUGUGGAGCCUGCUGGACAACAAUGGUUGACACCAGGUCUGAGGAAGUAUUCCUGUCAACUCACCAUCGACACAAACACAGUCAACAACAACAUCAAACUGUCUGACAACAACAGGACGAUGAUGUAUGUGGAGGAGGAUCAGUCAUAUCCUGAUCAUCCAGACAGGUUUGAUUACAGGCCUCAGCUGCUGUGUAGAGAAGUUCUGACGGGUCGCUGUUACUGGGAGGUCCAGAGGAGAGGACAAGUUCCUGUAUCAGUGAGUUACAGAAGAAUCAGCAGGAAAGGAGGCUCUAAUGACUCUUGGUUUGGAUGGAACGAUCAUUCCUGGUGUCUGAACUGUUAUGAAGGUGGUCGGUACUCUGUGUAUCACAAUAACAGAGCAACAUCUUCCUCCUCUUCUUCAGUCUCUGACAGAGUAGCAGUGUAUGUGGACGUUCCUGCUGGAACUCUGUCCUUCUACAGCGUCUCCUCUGACAGACUGAUCCACAUCCACACCUUCAACACCACAUUCACUGAACCUCUCUAUGCCGCGUUUGGGUUCUGGCCCGGUUCUGGUUCUUCAGUGUCUCUGUGUUGAGUUCAUUCUCAACAGUCAGAGAAACUGUCUCUGUUGGACAGAUUGUUGAGUCUGUACAUGUCAUCCAUCCAUCCAUCCAUCCAUGCAUCCAUCCAUCCAUCCAUCCAUCCAUCCAUCCAUCCAUCCAUCCAUCUUCUGAUCCAGGUCCAGGUUGUGGGGUAGCAGCCCCAUCAAACUGGUCCAGACCUCCCUCUCCUUGGUCCCAGACCAACAGAUAAAAACUCUCAGUGAGUCCUGGUUCUACCGCGGGUCCUCGUCCCGGUUGGAUAUGCCUAAAACACCUCUCAAGUGAGGUGUCCAGGGGACAUCCUCAGUAGUUGUCCCAACCAUCUCUUUUCCUCUAGAGCUGGACGACCAGUGACUCUACUCUGAGUCUCCCCUCGAUGAUUAAACUUCUAUUGUUUAAUCUAAUUUCUUGAGUGAGCAAAUUUCACCCCACAUCUCCCACAAUACAAGCAGCAUUUAAAAUCUGUCCCCAGAGGGACAAACCCUCUGGACCACUGCUGCACAGUCAUGAAAGACGUUUCUUGCUCUGUCCCCCGUGCAGCUUCAGGACUCUUGAGUUAUUUCCUGCUAUAUACAGUAAAUACAGUUGAAACUGAACAUCAAUUCAGAUCAGUAUCUGCUGAUAGAGACUCUGUUUUCAUCCCUAAACUGUCUUCAUUCGACAUCUCACUGUUGCUGUCUUUUGUCCCUGAGUAGAAAAUGUUUUUCACACUGAUUUGCUGCAAUUCUCCAGUUGUAUUUGUCCAUUAAGGUGGAUCGUAGUAACCUACUGAAACCCUUAAAGGACUGUCUCAGGGACUUUAAAAUCUGGAUGAAGAUGAACUUUCUUAACCUUCAGAACCAUCAUCCUUUGUGACGUCACUGAUGGCAUCACCUGUUUCUGAUUAUGUGGUAUAGGGUUCUCUUUUAUGGUAUUUUAUGUAUUUUAUUUUCCCGUUUAAACAUGUUGUGGCUUGUUGGCUCAGUCGUAUGAUUCUCACUUACAGUGUCAGCGGUUCCAGGUUCAGUUCCCAGAAGAACCCACUGCUGGAUGUAACUUGUGGUUGUUUCCUAGAAGUAGCAAAGCUCCAGGACGGUAGAGUACUGAAACCAGGACUCUAUCUGAAGGCGGUUGAGUUUCCAACUCGCAUCUAUCAUGUGAUGUUUCACAUCAGACAGAUAACUGCUGUAAACGCCCAUCUUGACAGUCUCAACAGACAAAACUCAAUUCAAAUGUGUCUGAAUCUGAAUGGAUUGGUCGCUCAGAUGACAUGUCAAGUACUCGUUUGUGUCUCACCUCCCAGAAUGCUGGAAGUGGGGGUUUCUGAUGGUAGAUGGUGAUUUAGUUAGAUUAAGAACAAUGAAGAGAUUAUUGUUGUCUCAAUUUCCUCAGAGUUGUGACACAAAGAGGACGAAGUCUGUUAGCUGGUUUACAUUUUUUAUCAUUUAUACUCUGAAGACAAAACAAGGCAUUAAAGAACAAAAUCACACGUAAUUGAUAAUUAGACAGAAGCACAAAGACAUACGCGAUAGAGGGAGAGAUAGAUCACACCUCUUCCCUGACCAGGAACUGAACCCGGGUCGUGGUGGUGAAGGCACCAAAUCCUCACCAUGAGACGCCAAGUUGACAUGUGACGCUCUCUUGAAGGGAUUUCAGCUCACUGCUCAAAGUUCAGGGACUUGCAGAGAAUGUUAAGAGAGUGAUGUUCAGUCACUGUUUAUCUACAAUCCAGGUUCCUGUUAACAAGUAUAAGAAUAAUAGAUCUUCACUUUGAUGUUUGCGAUUUAUAACAUUUUUCAUUGUGAAGUCAUAAGUGACGUCACAAGGAUGACAAGAGCGCCCUUUAUGUUUACAUCAAAAUAAAAGUGCUGAUUUCUUAGUGUUUAUUUGGGGUCAGUGUUAUACAAUCUCAUUCAGAUGCAUUUCUGGUUUAAAUAAUCCCCAUUGAACAACUUCCAGUGAGUAGUGUUAGUGAAUAAAGUGCCUUGUUGAGUUUAGAAGAACGUUUCACUGCAGCUCUAAGCGCAGCUCGCACAGAGCCCUCAGGUACUCGGUGUUGUUUUCAUCGCAGUCCAGAGCUUUCUCAUAAAGAUCCUCGGCCAUCUUCUUGUGGCCUUCGGCUUUGGCCACCUGAGCCAACAGAGCGUACGCCUGGCCGUCGUCCUCAUCCUUGUUGAGACGGCGCUCUGCGAUCUGCUUUAGCAGAAAGAAAAAAAAAAAGAAACAUCUGCUCAGGGAACAACAAAGGACCCGUAGCAACUCUUAGCUCAGCGGCUCCCCCUACAGGCCUGGAGGAUUCAUUUUUACAACACCGCCUGAGGUGUCCCCCUGUUCCCUCAAACACAGACGGUAAAAACCAACGUGGUACAACAUCCCCUCCGCAGAGUUAUCAUGGACGUGAAAUCAAACAAUUGAGACCAAAACAGUUUUUUUGGACCAGUAAAUAUUAUGUUUAUUUCUACUCCUGAAGGUCGACCUGAGAUUUGUUUAUCUUGUCAGCACUUAGUGUUGCUGCAGCAGAAGUCCAUGUAAAACCUUCACUUCCUGUUAAUGUUUCUCCAACUAGAACUUGAGUCGUGACUCAGACAUAGAUUCCACAUCUGUAGUGACAUCUGGGAACGCUGGAACUCACCUUAGCGCCCUGUUUCCACUCCCACGUGUUUGGUGUUAUCUGGACAACCUGAGGAGGAGACAAAGCUGCAGUCAGAUCAACACUAUCUUCACAAGAAUAUCUCUCAUGCUGUGUGACAGCUUCACUUUCUCCUGGAGGUUGGCUGGAACACGCCCACCUGAGCUCAGUCACCACAACUAACUGCUUUAGUUUGGAUAACCACAUUGCUAACUAAUGCUAUUGCACCUUCAUUCAAAUCAAACGUGUCCAAACGUCCUCAUUUCAGAAACACGACAGAGCUGAAAUGAGGACAAUUGACUUGCGACCCUGGUGGUCAGUAGAGGAACUGCAGGGGUGGAUCCAGACUCUAGUGGUCAGUAGAGGAACUGCAGGUCUGGAUCGAGACUCUAGUGGACAUUGGCCUCAACCUGGAAGCUGAAACACUGCUUCAAGUGCUUCGUGGAUUAUUUGUUAAGACUUUGUUGUCUGUCAGUAGCGACGGCCUCUGAUUGGUCUGUUAAAGGAUUGAGACUGUUAGAAUAAUUGAACAUCAAGUGAUCUCAUUUUUACUCCAAUUGCUUUUACAUAUAAACUAAGCUUGUUUGGUGUGUGUGUACAACUUGACGAGCAACAUAUAUCAAGUUGAAGAUAAGAAGUUAUGUAUUUUAUUUUAUUUUAAAAGGAAAAGAACCAGGGACAGUACAUAUAAAUAAUAAAAUGUUCAUGUAAAUAUGCUAGAUUAUAGCCAGUGGCUAAUUUGCAUCUUUAGUCCCUGGAGAAGGUUGAUUUAAAAGAAACACAUACAUUACAUACAGUCCAAGAAAUGAUGACACACAGAAGUAAAAUACACUAAUAAAUACACAAUAGAAGAAAACACAAUCAAAUACACUAAGAUAUAAGAAUAAACAUACAAUAAAAUACACUAAGAUGUAAUAUGAGUUCAGACUUGAUUCUCUAGAAGCCAUGUUAAGUGUUUAAUGAAGGAGGUGAGGGUGGGAGUGUCUUGUAUGACAUUUGCCUAAAAGCACUUUUAAACGUGAAGAGUUGCAGCUGUGUGUUCCCUCUCCCUUAGAGCUGCAACUCGUAUUGUAACUAGGGACCACCCUAAGGAAAUAAAAAGAGAGGGGUCGGCAGAGUGCGCUUCAGAGCGGGAGAUUGUAACUGAACGUAGCAUCUCUGUCCGUUCUCCUUGCAGGUAAAAAAUCUAA